AUGGCCUGUCAAACGGGCAUCAGACCCAACGAUGCACUCCGAAAUGCUUUCAACUUAGGAAAACAAGCAAAACUUCGUCUUAUAAAAGUCGUUGUCAAAAACGAGGAAUUAACUUCCAACUAUGAGUAUGCGGGAACAUCGAACUGGAAAGAUGAUUGGAGAGCAACGCUCCCGGAAUGCGUAGAUGCUUUCGAACCAUGCUUCAUUCUCUUCCGUUUGAACACAAUCACAGAAUGGAUUCUCAUCACGUUUGCUGACGAUCGAGCUCCUGUGAAGGAAAAAAUGCUUUUAGCAGCCACUUGUGCAACUUUUAAGAACGAGUUUGGACAAUGUUAUAUUGAACAUGAAAAACAUGCUACUGAUCGUAAAGAUUUGAGUUUGGAAUCCUUUGAAUCGUGGUUGAAGUCAAAGAACGAAUUGGGCCCUAUGAGUGAAGUUGAACGAGAGUUACAUAAUGCUGCUCAAGAAAGAGCCGCAAUCGCUCAUUCUGCUCCAACUCAAAUGAAAGGAGUAAAGUUUCCAUUAGAUAGAAAUGCAGAAGAUGCCGUAAGGCAAUUGAGUAGAAACGAACUAAACUUUGUCCAGUUUUCGGUCGAUACUUUGAACGAAGCCAUCAAACUGGAGAGUACUGAAAAGAACUUGAACGCUUCAGAGUUGGCCAAGCGUAUUUCUCGUGAGAAACCUAGGUACACGUUCUAUCGUUUUGAUCAUCAAUUCGAUGAUAAGCCCCAAAGUAGCAUAUUAUUUAUUUACUCUCUACCAUCUUCGGGAAGCAGCAUCAAAGAACGUAUGCUCUACUCAUGUUGCAAGCAACCUUUCCUGAACACCGUUACUAACCAUCUUGGUGUAACAAUCAACAAAAAGACCGAAGUUGACGCCAAGGAUGAUCUUAGUGAAGCAGCUUUGAUGGAUAUGCUUCACCCCCCUCAAUCCGAGCCUCCGAAACAGUUCAACCGUCCCGCUCCCCCUCGUGGUUCAGGACCUCGUCGCAUUACCAAAGUUUAA